AGAUUAAUACUUAAAAGAUCAUAAUGCUUAUGCUUAGUGGAAUAUUCAUGAAACAUAAAAGUCGUUUUGGAUUAGAACGAAUGAAGUUAUCAAAUGUGGGAAUUAUUUUUCUCUUUUUAACUUCAUUCCUUCAUUGUAUAUGUGCGACAGAAAAUGAACCCGUCCAAGCACCAGUUUUUGUUGAACAACCGUCGACUUCGUCUUCGAUUGUUGCCGAAGGAAGAACAAAGUUUCUUCAAUGCAAAGCGAAAGCUUCACCGCACGCUCAGUACAAAUGGAUGAAAGACGGCGAGCCGUUGUCAGAUUACAAAGAUGCCGUUAUUUACAAAAUUUCGAAUGCAGCUAAAAAUGAUUCAGGAUCCUAUCAGUGUCUGGCUCAUAACAUCGCUGGGACGAUCUUCAGUGAAAAGAAUAUGGGAGGAUUUAAGAGUAUGAGAGAAAACAUUCUGCAUGUAAAAUCUGGUCAUGAAGUUAUAUUAAAUUUGACUGAUAUUGACUCGGUGCCUUUGCCGUCUGUUGCAUGGGAAACAAAAAAAGGUCCCAUCAAAAAUGGAUUGAAAUACUUUUUAACAUCAAAGAAUCAGUUGGUGAUCUUAUCAGUUGACGAUGAAGAAAACGGCGUUGGAUUUAGAGCGAAGGCAACAAACACACAAAUUGGAAAAGAAGAAACAAGUGCUUUGACUUAUCUGAAUGUAACUGGAGAUGCUUAUUCGGAGAUCGCUCCAGAGAUUGUGAUUCCAUUAAUGAACCAAAAAAUAAUAAAAGGAAAGUCCAUUGAGUUUGAAUGCAUUGCGAAUGCAAGACCGCUUUAUGAAAUUGAAACUCAUUGGUAUAAAGAUGAUGUGCCGAUUGAAGAGACUGAGAUUGUUUAUGCACUUGAAUGGUGGAAUCGUACGUUAGUAUUAUUAUCUGUCGACUUAAGUUACAAAGGCGAAUACGAGUGUCGAGUUUAUAUGAAGACUGGUGGAUAUAAUGCAAAGUCAUCAAAAGCUGUUUUAACUAUCUUAGAACCACCGCAAUUUAAGUCACUGAUACAAACAGAAUUAACCGCUGAAUAUUCAGCGAGGCUAGAAAUUCCUUGUGAUGUUACUGGAUAUCCUGAACCAUUCGUUACUUGGUUUAGAAAUGCCGAAGCGAUUGAUCUCUCAUCGAAUGUUUACAAGAAGAGACACGAUAAUACUUUGAUAAUUGAGAAGAUAAGCAUCGAAGAUUCAGGAGUUUUUCAAUGUUUAGCAUCGAAUGAAGCUGGAGAAAAAUCGUCUUAUUCAUGGAUCAAAGUUAAAAGUAAGUUGGAUGAAUGGCCAAUUGCGUCAUCACCGGUAAUGGAAGUUUUUCCACAAAACAUAACAUCGUUAGAUGGCAAAGAUGUCACAUUUAAUUGUCGAGCAUUAGGUGCACCACUUCCGAACGUGACCUGGAUUUUCAAUGAUACUGAAGUUAUAGAACCAUCGAAUCGAUUUCAAAUAUUUGCUGAUGGCGAUCUUGUAAUUUCAAAUAUUCAAGAAAAAGAUUCUGGCGUCUACAAAUGCAUUCGAUCAAAUGAAGCUGGAUCAGUGUCUGGUGAAGCAUUUUUGGGAGUUUUAGUUCGAACUCACAUCACGCAACCACCAGUGGAUACAACAGUUCUUCUAGGAUUGACAGCUUCAUUGCAAUGCAAAGUAUCGAGUGAUCAAAAUGUUCAACAUACAAUUCAAUGGUUCCGUGAAGAGCAAUCCAAUCCGAUCAAGAACAGUCAAAGAAUUCAAAUGAAUGACGAUGGAACUUUAGAAAUUUCAGCUGUUCGUGCAUCUGAUGUUGGCGUUUACACUUGCAUGGUCUCAUCUCUUGCUGGUAAUGAAACACGUUCUGCGAAAUUGAGUGUUGUUGAACUUCCAUUUGCACCAUCAAAUGUUAAAGCGCAAAGAUUGAACGAACCUAAUCAAAGAACAGUAAAAGUCUCUUGGACGCCUGGAUUUGAUGGCAACAGUCCAAUAAUCAAAUAUAUUGUGCAACGUCGUGAAGUGUCAGAAAUUGAAAUUUCAGGUCCAUUGCCUGAUAAUUUACAAAAUUGGGUGACUGAGUUGAGCAAUAUUUCGGCAAAUCAAGCAUCAGUUUUAAUCAAAAGUUUAAAAGCUGCCACAAGAUAUCAAUUCAGAGUCAGUGCUGUUAAUCGUGUUGGCGAAGGUUAUCCAUCAGAAUCAAGCAACACAAUUUCAUUACCACAUGAAGCACCAUCUGGACCUCCAAUAAGUUUCAUGGGUUCAGCACGUUCAUCAUCAGAAAUCAUCGCUCAAUGGCAACCGCCUUUAGAAGAACAUAGAAAUGGACAAAUCUUGGGAUAUAUUUUACGAUAUAAACUUAAUGGCUACAAGGAGAGUCCAUGGACUUAUAUGAAUAUAACAAAUGAAGCGCAAAGAAAUUAUUUGAUUCAAGAUUUGAUAACAUGGAAAGAUUAUAUUGUACAAAUUGCUGCUUACAACAACAUGGGCGUUGGUGUUUACACAGAUGGAACGAGAAUCAAGACUAAAGAAGGCGUUCCAGAAGCUCCACCGUCAGAGGUUAAAGUUAAAGUUUUUAAUUCAACUGCUGUCACAAUUCAUUGGAAGCCACCAAAUCCCCAACAAAUCAAUGGCAUCAAUCAAGGUUACAAGAUACAAGCAACUCGUCGUGUAAUCGAUAACAACGGAUCGUUACAAGAAAUUGAAGUUUUGACAAUGAAAGUUCCACCGAACUUGAUAAAUCCACUUGCAGAACAAAAUUGCACUUUGGGAUCAUUGAAGAAGUUUACUUUUUACAACAUAACGGUUUUGUGCUUUACACAUCCUGGUGAUGGCAUUCCAAGCAAUCCAAUUCUAGUUCAAACUGAAGAAGAUGUUCCUGAUGAAGUUUCAUCGUUGCAAUUUGUUGGUGUGUCGGAUCGUGAAUUGACAAUUAAAUGGACGGAACCAAUUGAUAAAAAUGGCAUUCUUACUGGUUAUCAAGUGAAAUAUCGAAUGAAAGAUUCAUCUGACAUUAAAGUUGUCAACUUAACAGCACAUGAAAUGAAUUUACAUGUGACACAAUUGAAAGCGUUGACACAUUAUUGGUUUGAAGUUAUUGCGUGGACAUCGAAAGGUCCUGGAAAGCCUAAAACAGCAACAAUUCAAUCAGGAAUUGAACCUGUUCUUCCUGAACCACCAAUAACCUUAGCAUUGUCGAAUAUCGAAGCGUUCUCAGUCGUCAUUCAAUUCACUCCUGGAUUUGAUGGAAAUUCAUCGAUAACGAAAUGGAUUGUCGAAGGUCAAACAGCGAGAAAUGAUUUGUGGUAUAAAAUAUUUGAAGUCUCUGAUCCUGAAGCAUCGACAUUGACCGUCACUGAAUUAUCACCUUACACUCAAUAUAAAUUGAGAAUCAUCGCCAGAAACAUUGUUGGCGAAAGUGAACCGUCUGAAGCGACAAAAGAUUUCCAAACACUUCAAGCGAAGCCGAAACAUGCGCCAUUCAAUGUCACUGUGCGAGCUAUGAGUUCAUCUGAGCUUAGAGUUCGAUGGAUUCCUUUACAACAAGCUGAAUGGUUUGGAAAUCCAAAAGGUUACAACAUCAGUUAUCGUUUGAUUGACGAGAUCAACAAAACGAAUGAAGCUGUUCAUGUUUUAAUCGAAGAUCCGACGUCAAAUUCUUACGUUCUUAAAGGUCUUGAGGAGUGGUCACUUUAUGAGAUUGUCGUGUCCGCUUGCAAUGAAGUUGGACAAUCAAUUGAAAGUCCACCAGCACUUGAAAGAACUCGUGAAGCUGUUCCUUCUUCAGGUCCUGUUUAUGUUGAAGCAAAUGCAACAUCAUCAACGACAAUCGUCGUGAAAUGGAGUGAAGUGCCCAAGAAAGCACAAAAUGGUCAAAUUGAAGGUUUUAAAGUUUUCUAUGGAGCUCCUGGAACUGGCAUUCCCGUUCUGCAAAAGACGAUUGGAAAUAAUAAAACUUUUACAACAACUUUAACUGAAUUAAAGAAAUUUGUCAUUUAUCACAUUCAAGUUCUUGCUUACACAAGACUUGGCGAUGGUGCGCUGAGCAUGCCGCCAAUUAGAACACAAACAUUUGAAGACACGCCUGGAAUUCCUUCCAAUGUUAGUUUUCCUGACGUUUCAUUCACAACUGCUCGAAUAAUUUGGGACGUUCCUGAAGAGAGUAACGGAGAGAUUUUAGCAUAUAAAGUAACUUACUCUCUAAAUGAUUCCAACAAACUUGACUACAGUCGCGAAUUUUCGCCAUUGGAUCGAACUUAUCGAGCUUCAAAUCUAUUAGCGGAACAUUUUUACAAAUUUACUGUCACGGCUCAAACUCGUAUCGGUUGGGGAAAAACUGCGAAUGUUUUAGUGUUCACCACGAAUAAUCGUGAAAUUCCGCAAGCACCGUCUGUGCCUCAAAUUAGUCGCAGUCAAAUACAAUCUCAACAAAUCACUUUCAAUUGGACACCGGGGCGUGAUGGAUUUGCACCGUUGCGUUAUUACACGGUUCAAUUGAGAGAAAAUGAAGGAAAUUGGAUAACUUUGUCUGAACGAAUCGAUCCGAAUAGCAAUUCAUACACAGCUACAAACCUUAAGCCUUACACACUUUAUCAGUUUAGAAUCAGAGCAAUUAACGAUAUUGGAGCUUCGCAAUAUAGCAGAGAAAGUGUCGAUGUGAGAACAUUACCAGCUGCCCCAGCAUUUCCAAUCACCGGCUUAAAAGUUGUUCCAAUUACAACAUCAAGCGUUCGAAUCGAAUGGGUGCCAUUAAAGAAGAAUCUUUGGAAUGGAGAUUCUGAUGGUGGUUAUCGCGUUGUUUAUCAACCGAUCGAUGAUUUUGGAUCGAAAAUUCUUGCAGAUGUUCCUAAAUUUGACAUUACUGGCAUUGAUCAGAAGGGCGCAGUGUUGAAAGAUCUCACACAAGAUCAAAACUAUGAGAUUGUUGUUUAUCCAUUUAAUUCUCAAGGUUUAGGACCACCAAGUUCACCUCCAGUUGCUGUUUAUGUUGGUGAAGCUGUUCCAACUGGCGAACCACAAGAUUUUGAAGGUGCUGCUGUGUCAUCAACUGAAGUACGAUUGAAAUGGAAGGCACCGACAUUUGCAGCACAGAAUGGCGAUCUUUUAGGCUAUAAAAUAUUUUAUUUGGUGACUGCUUCGCCGCAGCCAUUUGAAGAUGGUUACAAGUUAGAAGAAGAAACUGAAGUUGUCCCAGCUUCAUACAAUUCUCAUAGUUUGGUGUUCUUGGAUAAAUAUACUGAAUAUCAAAUUCAAAUAUUAGCAUUCAAUCCGGCUGGUGAUGGUCCGCGAUCGAAGAAGAUUACAGUUAGGACACUCCAAGGACUUCCAAGUGCACCACUCAACUUAACUUUCCUCGAGAUCACAAUGAACAGUUUACGAGUUUCAUGGCAACCACCAAAAUAUAGAAACGGUGAAAUUACUGGCUACAUUGUGACAUAUGAAACAACAAAAGAUGAUGAAAAGUUUAGCAAACAAGUUAAGCAGAAAGUUACAAACACAAAUCUUGACAUUCACAAUUUGGAGGAAGAAGUCGCUUACACGUUCACUGUCAGAGCACAAACGACAGACUAUGGUCCACCAGCUAUAGGAAACAUCACAACUGGACCUCAAGAUGGAAGUCCAAUAAAUCCUAAAGAUUUAACGCUUUCCAAAAAUGUUGCAUUUAUUGAGCUUCAUUGGCUUAAUGGACCAUCAGGGAAAGGUCCAAUCCUUGGAUAUUAUUUCGAAUCGAAGAAAAGAGAUGACACAAAAUGGCAAGUUGUUGCAAAGUCAAGCAAUGGACCGAUUCAAGAUUUUACAAUAAGCUUCCAAACUCUACUGCCAUCGACUGUUUAUACUUUCCGAGUUAGUUCAUACAACAAAUACGGAAUAUCUUAUCCAGUGUAUUCAGAAGAACCAGUUUUAACUCCAUCAAAAUUGUAUCUUGAGUACGGUUACUUGCAACAAACGCCUUUCUAUCGACAACCUUGGUUCAGCAUGUCAGUGGCGUGUAUCGGAACAAUUACAAUAAUUAUGAUAACUGCAGUUCUUUGUGUGAAGAGCAAAAGUUAUAAAUACAAACAAGAAGCACAGAAAACGUUGGAAGAGUCGAUGGCGAUGUCAAUUGACGAGAGACAAGAACUUGCUUUGGAACUUUAUCGAUCACGUCAUGGACUUUCGAGUACAACAGCUUUGAAUCCCACUGGGACUAUUGGACGUAGUAAGACGGGAACAAACAAUAAAAAGUCGAGUAGUUCAUCGGCUACUUUGGGCAAGUCGCCCCCACGGCCAUCACCUGCUUCAGUUGCUUAUCAUAGUGACGAAGAGAGUUUGAAAUGUUACGAUGAGAAUCCAGACGAUAGCAGUGUCACUGAGAAACCAUCAGAAGUCAGUUCUUCAGACUCACAGCAAUCGGAGAGUGAAAAUGAAAGUGUUCGCUCUGAUGGAACAUCAUUCGUGAAUCAUUAUGCUAAUAUUAACAAUACAUUAAGGCAGUCAUGGAAACGACAAAAGCCAAUGAGAAAUUAUUCCAGUUAUACAGACUCCGAGCCUGAAGGUUCUACGCAAAUAAAUCUGAAUGGUGGUCAAAUAAUUAUGAAUAAUAUGGCAAGAAGUAGAGCACCACUGCCAGGUUUUUCAUCUUUUGUUUAAUAUUUUUUCAGUAUUUUGUGAUAAUAAUUGUAAGCUGUGUUGUCCAGUGUAUGUUCAAUGUCGUUAAUAAUUGUAAAUAUUUAUGCAGUUCUUGCAUUUUGAUAGCUUUUAAUCUUAAGUUUGUUCAGUUAAGAUUUGAAUGCUUUCGAUCAUUUCGCAUGUUUCGAACAAAAACCGCAUGUAUUCAUCGCAUGUGAAAACAUGCGAUUAAGCAUAAAGUUCAAUGAAACUUAAACUUCUUAUGUUUAGAUACUUAAAACACGAACAUUGUUUGUUCGAGUCACCAAAAAUUCAUCUUUUCUAAUAAAUGUUUAGAAAUUCUCUUAUUUUAUUAUUUAAGUAGUAACAUAUUUCAUAGCAUUUAAACAAAUUAAUUUAUGUAAAAAGCCUCCAUGAUUUCAAAAGAAAAAAAUUGUAUUCAAGAAAAAAGACUUAAUAGCCUUAAGCUCAUUGAAAAUUAAAUUUUUAAAAAUCAUUUCUCUAAGUUUUAGAAAAAACUAAAGUUUAUAAGAAUGCAUUUAGGAAACAAUUUAAAAUGUAACUAAAAAUAUCUAUAAUGAAAUA